UUCCCCCCCACAGCGGUUUUAUUGGUUAAAUUCUGACAGCUGGUUUUAUUAGUUUGCUCAGGUUUGCAAAAGAAAACCAUGUCUCCUACAACCUGCGACUCCCCUCCUCCGCGAGGCUCCCUUCCUCCCUCCCUGCCCCCCGCCGUCGGCCCCGAGCUGGCCCUACACUGUGGCCGGUGAGAGCCUCUAAUCCCCUGCGUCCACGGUUUACUCUGAGCCCGUAUUUAAUUCCUCUAAACCGCCCAGCUGCCGCCCUGCUUACUCACUGAACGCGACAGACUGCGGACCUCUGCGGUUAUUAAUAAUUCACCAGCCUCCUCUCUGCUCUCCUCUACGCGCGCAGCGCCGCUCCGCUUCUCCGGCCGCGGCCGCGGGACAUACCGCAACGCUCCCUCUUUCCUUCCCCCUGGUUGGCUGCGUGCGUGCGUACAGCCGCCCCGUGUUUCCCCCCCUCCACCCCCCUUACUUUCCUGCACUUUGUUUACUCGAUUUCAGCUGCUCGGUGUCACUCACACGCCGCGGUCACGUCUCCGUCGACUGCUAACAGGCUGCGAGCCCGCUCCGAUGUCUAUGAUUUCGGGACGGGGAGUUCGGUCUGCCCGCGGACUCUGAGGGAACAGGUGGAGGAAGAACAGCCCGCUUUCAGAUCAGCGCAGACACACACACGCACACACACACACAAAGAAAGGAAAAAGCCGAGGCAUUGAGUGCAUGUAUGAAGGGAGAGAAAAGCGUCCGAAUCUGCAGGAGCAACAGCUGAUCGAGUGAGCGCGGAGAGAGAGAGAGAGAGAAGGAGAGAAGGCUACUUACUGUCCGCCUCCACCGCCUCGGGGCUCGUGACGGCGGCCGGGUCGGCGGUCGCUGCGUUCCGCUGCCGGGGGACCGACGGAGGUUCGAUCAUCGCGCUCAGCUGGGAGUUGGAAUGUGAUAGGAAAACAGAGGAGCUGGAAGAGAACAGAAAGAAACUCUCCGGACGAAGAAAGCCGGUUCGGAUAAGUAACGAGAGAGAGAGGGGGGGGGGAGGUUGACCCGCAGACUCCCCCAGCAUUGUAGAAUGUUUACCGGGCAGCAGGCCGAGCAUUAGGCCCAGCACAACAAGAACCAGGCACUUUUCUAUCUCCCACCUUUUUUUCUCUCCUCUUUUUUAUUUUCUGGAAGCUGAACUUUGGAAAGUGGAAAAUGGCUCUUUGAGAGUGUUGGCACAUUUCCCCACACCACAAUGGCAACGGAGUCCUUUCUGUUGAACGAAGAACCCUCCAGAGCUCCUGGGAUGCCUGAGUGCUAUGUAGUCUCAGAUUCAUACAGGUAUUACCCCACUCACCUUCUAAACAAUGCCUUAGUGGAUGAAUUUCACCCCUUCAUCGAGGCCCUCUUGCCCCAUGUCCGUGCCUUCUCCUACACCUGGUUCAACCUGCAGGCCCGCAAGCGCAAGUACUUCAAGAAGCACGAGAAGAGGAUGAGCAAGGACGAGGAGCGCGCCGUGAAGGACGAGCUGCUGGGCGAGAAGCCGGAGAUCAAGCAGAAGUGGGCCUCGCGCCUGCUGGCCAAGCUGCGCAAGGACAUCCGGCCGGAGUUCCGCGAGGACUUCGUGCUCACCAUCACGGGCAAGAAGCCCCCCUGCUGCGUGCUGUCCAACCCCGACCAGAAGGGGAAGAUCCGCCGCAUCGACUGCCUCCGCCAGGCCGACAAGGUGUGGCGGCUGGACCUGGUGAUGGUCAUCCUGUUCAAGGGCAGCCCCCUGGAGAGCACGGACGGAGAGCGGCUGGUCAAGUCGCCCCAGUGCUCCAACCAUGGCCUGUGCGUCCAGCCGCACCACAUCGGGGUGACGGUAAAGGAGCUGGAUCUCUACCUGGCCUACUUCGUCCACACACCAGAACAAUCAGGACAAUCAGACAGUUCAAACCAGCAAGGAGACACAGACGUCAAACCCCCAGCAAACGGCCACUUGAGUUUCCAGGACUGCUUCGUGACUUCAGGGGUGUGGAACGUGGCCGAGCUGGUCCGCGUGUCGCAGACUCCAGUAGCCACGGCGACAGGCCCCAACUUCUCUCUGGCUGACCUCGACAGCCCAGGUUACUACAACAUCAACCAGGUCACCCUGGGACGCCGUUCCAUCACCUCCACCCCCUCCACCAGGACUGAAAUGGAGCUUUAUGCAAGUCUCCCACGGAGCUCCAACAAGCGUAAGUCCAUCGACGACAGUGAGAUGGAGAGCCCUGUGGACGAUGUGUUUUACUCGGGCCGCUCCCCGGCCGCCGGCAGCAGCUCCCAGUCCAGCGGCUGGCCCAAUGACGUGGAUGCAGUGCAGCACCAUUUGGCCAGUGUGCAGGAGAGGAAGAUUAAGCAUGAGAGCGAUGGAGUGCAGUUUCCUUACCAUGGACUCUCGUCGCCUGGUUCUCAUAAGAAGCUGGGGAAAUUCGAUUUCAGCGCCCUGUCCUCCCAGACGAGGUCCCCCCGCAUGGCGUUCACCCACCACCCACUGCCAAUGCUGGCGGGAGUGAGACCAGGGAGUCCCCGUGCUUCAGCCUCGGCCCUACACUUCCCGUCCCCCUCCAUCAUCCAGCAGUCUAGCCCCUACUUCACCCACCCCACCAUACGAUACCACCACCACCCCGGACAGGACCCGCUGAAGGAAUUUGUGCAGUUCGUCUGUGCCGACGGCUCAGGGCAGGCCUCCGGACAGCCGAACGGGAGCGGCCAGAGCAAAAUGCCAGGCUCCUUCUUGCUGCCUCCACCUCCCCCAGUGGCCCGCCCAGUGCCCCUCCCCAUGCCCGACUCUAAACCCAACAGCACGCCCCCUGACGGCGGACUCUCCUCGCCCGCAUCUCCGUCAUACUCCACGCCAGGCGCCACAGCUCCCAACAGGUUUGUCGGCAUCGGAUCACGGGACAACAACUUUCUGAACAUCCCGCAGCAGACGCAGUCUUGGUUCCUCUGACAAGAUCUGUGCACAAACCAGCAAAUAGAUAUCUUUCUUUACAAUUCAAAAUGAGAAAAAAAAAAAAGAACAGAGAAACAACCUGCAGGACGACAGUAAUUGUCUUACCAACCCGCCGACCAGCCCUGACAGUACGUCUCAUCUGAUACGAAAUAUAACCAAGCAACGCAGGAAAUUACAGUCGCACGACGCUUCUAGUGGAACCCUGGACACAUUCACGCAGUCAGAGGGGGAGGACCUGAUUUGGGUGAAGAGGGAAAGACGAACGGAUGGACUCGAAGGAAGAUGGAGCUGAGGAGGACGCGUCACCCGGGCCUCCUCACGCCCAGGAACCACAGCAGCGAUGCAGAAGCAACAAGCGGACAUGGGGGAGCGGUCAGCUUCUCCUGCUUUCCAAGGACGCAUUGUGAAACAAAUGGCUAAGAAAAAAAUUUAAAAAUCAACAGUCCAGCAAGCUACAAAAACUUCACCCACAACGAACCCAGAACCCAAAUGAGACGAUGAGCGUCCAGUGAGAACAGCGGCCCAGGCUCCUGCCAUCCCAGAGCGAAACCCGAUUGGCUCCUCUUGCCCGGCCACCAAUAAGCAAGCGACCAUGCCAAACCGUAUCUUGAUUUGAAGUUGCACUACAAGCUGAAUCAGUCAACACUAACCCUUAACGAUGUGCACUAUUUGCCUGCGAGGCCUGGGAGGUAAACCAAACUCGCCGAGAUGAUUUUUACGUUCUACGAAAAGGAAACGCACCACAAGGUACAGGGAGCCUUCAGGCGUCCUCCACCCGGCAUGGUUCCAUUCAGCCAAUCACCGCUCUCCCCUUUGCUCACAACGUUGUCGGUCUGUGUGCCAUGACUGCAGGAUUUCUCACCUUUCAGCUCAUGAUAUUUCUAUAUGUAUAUGUAAAAGCUUUCCUUUUUUUAAUCCUGUAUUUUAUUUUUUUUCCCCCGAUAAUCUCAGUAAAUUCCCUCCACACGCGAUGCGCUGAGAAAUUUCGCCGCUAUUGGCAGCAGCUAUGAGCUCCGCCCCCAGUCGUCCCCUUUUUGUAACAUAGAAACGCUGGCUAAUUCUUUUUCCCCUCGUGUGUUUUUUUUUUUUUUUUUUCUUAUUUGAAUUGACUCCUUUUUGGAUUUGUACUAUUUUCUAAUUGUUUUUGUAUUUGAAUGGCAGCACCUUAAAGCGAGAGAAGAAGCAGCGAUAUGUUGUGGGGGGGCAAAGAACACGGAGCGGCUGGCUAACCCGGGCUAGAAAAAUAGUGCUUGUAAAAACUUGGGGAAUAUGCCCACCUGCUGUUUUAGAUGUGGAGAUUGGUAUGAAACCCAUGGGGAGCUACAGUGAGCAGCUGGUUAGACAGGAGUUAAAUCAAAACUAUGUUAACUUUACAUUUCUGAGGAUUUACUAAGAAGUGACUGUAUCAGACAUAAUGACAGAAACGGAGAAUGAUUUUGGAGCUAGAGUGAACAAAAACGUGAGGUUUUAGUUCGUUUUUUAAAAUUAUUAUUAUUAUUAUUAUUAUUAUUAUUAUUAUUAUUAUUAUUAUUAUUAUUAUUAUUAAGAAUCCCUGGAAAAUGAUGACAAUCACUUGCUUGAGAAGAAGGGAGUCAAUCAGUAAAUAUGUUUGACCGACCAUUCGUCAGUACUUGACUGAUUAAAGUCUGAGGUUGUUAGGAAAAAGCACCUAGUGGCUACAGGUGUUAUUGCACUUUAAUUCACUUAGCAUUUACUUGACAUUUUGACUGACUGUGAGUCCAUUUCCACUUGGAAGGCAGAAUUUGAGACGCAAGCAGGACAAAUGAAUUGGAUCCUCACCCAGCCCAAUCUCAGAAUCCAAAAUGGCUGAUGUGCGUGUCACAUGUAGUGAUGGUUAGAGCGCUGAACUGUUUACCUGCACUCCCGUUGGACGUGUCACCUGUGAAUGGACGUGUUGCCAGUGCUAAUGAUUAGCCUCACAGUGGAUUGUGAUAAUUAACAUUUAAAGAAUAAUUCUGUUCAAAAUUUGUCAGCAGGUAGUGAAUGUCUUACCUGGAGUUGGUAACCUUUUAAAUACAGAUACGUUAGCCCCAGAGGCUGAAGCUAGCAGCUAAUCCAUGCUAAAACACCUUUUUUAAUCCCCUUUUUUUCUAUUUGAUGCUUCCAAAUGUUUCUAGAUAGAAAUUCUUAAAUAUUUUUGACCAAAUUAAAACUCUUAAAGAGGGAAAAAACACAUUUGUUGAAUGAAACCAGUGGAUAUUUAUGGAAACGUUAAAACGACAGAUGUUUAUCUGUGGUCUUCUUAGGCUUCAUUCACACAGAUGUAACCCAAAUUGUGUUUUGGGCUCGGAUGCGACCUACAUCCAGCUUUUUCUCAUCAGUCUGAACGGUCUGACUCUGAUCUUUUCACCCCCCCCAAAAAAAACAUCAGGCAGAUAUUUAUCCAAACAGGAAAUGGAAGUAGGAGGUGGUGCGCCAUCGAUAAUCCUCCUGAAUGAAACACUGAACAGAACACAUGAAUGGAUUUUGGUGCAAAUAAUUUUCUGAUACAAAACAGUAAAAAGUAAAAAUACUGUUGUGGUUUCAGUAAACUGUGUUUUGCAGCUUACUAAACUGGUAUUUAAAAUCACCGGUUCUCCAUAGGUAUUGAACACAAGACGAUCGCUGCUGGUGGUGGUGGUGGUGGUGGUGGUGGUGGUGGUCUGCCUCCUCCCUCUGCUUGACAGCUUCGCAAAAUACAAUUGGCAAGAACCACUAAUACAUUUGUGAGAUUGGAGUUGUUUUAAGGCCUAGUCUUAAAACUCAGUUUUGUAUCCCCAAAAGAACAAUAAUUUAGAAAAACCAAAGUAGAGAUCUGAGAAAAUCGUCUUUGUGUUUGGAAAAACUGAGUUUCAGGGUCCCACGCAUUACAGCCUGCGACAAACCAUGCGCCAAUAUAUAUUCAUGCGAUAUCCCAAUUGAGAUGAUCUUGUCUUAUUAAGUUUAGGCUCCAAUAUGAUAUUUAAAAGUAGUUUAACCCAUUUAUGAGCCUUCUGGCGCCAUGUUUAAUUCCCAACAGGAAGUUGUGGUUGCUUUGACAGAUUCUGGUUGGCUGACGUAGUUUUGAGCUUUGCGCUACACUGCCCCCUGUGUGUGUGGCAUGUUUAAAACAACGCUCACUGGAUUUUCUGUGGGAUGUGGUGUGGACGAAAGGUUUUCUGAAAACGAUCCAGUGUCUACGAUAUUUUUAAAACAACGUGGUGGAGAUAUUCAUUUUUAUAAAAAUCUUAUGAUUAUGAUCCUAACCCCUCCCAAACGUGUUAGCUUCAGCCUCUGGAACAAGUGAAGAUGUCAACACAGGAUGUCACUUCAAAAAAAAAAAAAAAUCAACAUCCUCUAAUUUGGAUCUGAGUUAAUUUUGUGAAAAGUAAAAGGGACACGCUUCAUCUUUUGUGUGUGAUUGAGAAAAAGGGUUCACAUACAAGUGAUCCAACAGCUGUCAGCUGUAGCUUCCUAUUAAUGUUAUCAGUUUCCUCAUCCAGCAAUCAAAGAAGCAUAUUAUCCCAAAUAAUUGUUUUAUUGAUAUGAUUUAAUUGUUCUUCCACCAGAAGGCCCUUUACUGUAGGAAAAAGAAAAAAAUCAAGUGGGGUUUUGACAAUCACGGGAUUUUUUACAUUUUUAUUAUUAUUCCUGGAGACAGACAAGCUGAACCGGUUAGACAACAACAGAAACACCUGCUCUGAGAUCUCCAUCUAGUUGAGGAUAUAUUUUUUUAAAAUUACAAUUUGUAAGUUUAUCCUGUUGUUUACACUCCCAGAUAGGCUGCUGCUCCAAGAGCUGAGGGGGCCACACUGCGGAGAAAAAUGAUUAUGUCACAUUUCUGACUUUUUUCUCUCUUUUUUAACCGAGGCCUACGAGGUCAAGAGUCAAACGUGUGUGCCAGUUUGUCUGUCAACUGCCUGUGACAGUAAAAGUUAACAGUUGUCACGGUUACGCCCCAUGCACUCACACACACCAGCACCCUCCCCAAACCCCCCCAAGCCAUUUUAAAUGGAAGAGCCCUUAUAGAUCAAAUAACUGCACUGAUACAAUCACGCCAGCCAGCCAAUCGUAUAAGUCAAAAAAAUAAAUAAUAAUUUUGUAAACAUGACAGUAGAUGGAUCACUACUUAGCGUGUCACAUUUUUAAUAGUCAUGACAACCGUUCAGUAUUAAUCACAUAACCCCCCCAAUCCUCCCAACGACGCCACUGAUUUCAAAGGGAAGUCUUAAAUCGAGACAAUCUGUGGAGGCCUUUACGCUUUGUCACGUUUGUUUGUUUUUUUUCUUUUUCUACAUAUAAACCCCUCCGCGCACGUUCUCCCACGUUGAGUCCGAACGCAUAAAACCCAUUCAUCCUCACAAAAUAACUGGACUGCCUGGCCGUGUUCCUUCACCGCAGGGAAAGCAGUGGUAGUCGGCCGAGCUGACCGGCGACCUCUCGCCCGCUUCGUAGAGAGGACUGGGUCGGCUGGACGAAGGCGGUAGGCUGAUUUCUUUUCGAAUCAAAGGAAGUGCCUCUGUAUUCCCAUUAUGCAAUUUGUCAAACAUGAAUUCAGGUUGUUGUUUUUUUUUUCCUCACAUAUAAGCUAUAGUGAAUGGUAAUUAAAAUAAAAAGAUUUUAAAAAAAAUGUCAGGAGGGAAUGGAGAAAACAAAAAAAACAAUGACAGCUCACUAGAUAAUCUCAAGCAUCUUGAUAUAUAAUACACUUUUAUAUAUAUUUAUAGAUAUAUACUUUUUUUCUUUUUUUCUAGUUUGCAAGAUAAGCUCUGUGGCAGUCUAGUUAUUUUUUGAAGCAUGGCAUACAUCGCACAGUCAUAGGAUGCAUCUGGAAAUCGCUAAUCGGAGCAGAGUCGACCGUCGCAAACCCAUCGGUAGAGACGUAGAGUAUCGGCUAACGUAGACCAGGAUUAAAAAUUAAACGAACAGAUUAUUUUUUUUUUAUUGUUUCGAUGGGAAGUAUUGUUCUUGAAACUAAAUGAUGUAUGUUGAUUGAGCCAUGUGCAAUGCCUUGGUAGAAGAAUUGUGUUUGUUAGAGAAUGUUUGAGGGUGUCAUGCAAAAAAAAAAAAAAAAAAAAAAAAAGCAAAAGGAGGGAAACCCUCUGAAGAUUUUUUUUUUUUUUUUUUUUCCCUGUUUGUUCGUUUGUUUUUCAAGUCCACGUGCUCCGGGACUCUAAAUACACGAGCGGUGAGAUAAAAAAAAAAAAAAAAAAAAAAAUGAGAAAGAAAAAAAAAGUUUGGGGGACAUUGUUUUAGUUUUCCUUUUUUUUUUCUUCGUUGUUUCCUUUUAUCACUUUUUCAAGAAAAGAAAUUCAUUUUUAUUGACGGGAGUUAAAGGAACAAUUUCGCAGCUCGUAAAAUAUAUAUCAUUAUGAAAACUGGUGCUUUCGUAAAAGAAUAAAAGUACAUUCAGUCUCUAUUAUACAUAAAUAAUAAUAAACAAAAUUAAGUGUUAUCAUAAAAACUAAUUUUUAGGAAAUCAUGCAUUUCUCUAUUUCUUUGUAUUUACCGGGGAGAGGGAAGCGGGGUGUUCAUUGUACGAAAAGGUUGUUGUAACAAAAGGCAUUUUUCCUCUCCCAAACCUUUACAACACAGCAGAAAGAAGAAUCACACCCUCUUGUAAAAAAAAACCAAAACAAAACAAAAAAACUUGUAAAAAUUUGUCAUUUGUUUCCUGCGGACUCUGUCCUACCUACCAGUGAUCCUAAUGUGGAACAAAGACGAGAUCUUCCCAAUAUUCCGGGAGACGCACAAGUCUGGAUUCCUGUUCCGGAACCACAACGAGAUCAAACAGGCUGUAAAUGACGACGUCUUCGUUUGUGACUCACUUCCGGGGUUUCCUCCGUCUUCGGCCAGCGGGGUUGUAGUCAUCCGAGUCAGCGGCAAACCGAACCCUGUUUCCCCCGAAAGCCCCUCCGAGUCCCCCUCCCCCGAACACCCACCAGCUGUAAAUGAUGAUAAAUAUUUGUUUGGUGACGUAGUGUUAUAGACUCAGAGCAUCUUUAAAGGUUGUCCCUAAAAAGUGCCUUUUGUUCACAGAUUCCAUCUUGUAUUCCUGAGUGCCCGUCUCUAAAGAAAAUAAGUCCCCUCCCUCAUAUUUCUAUAUCUUUUUCUCUUCUUCUUCUUGAAGCUUUUUCAAGCAGUAUACAUAGUACUAAAGGAAAUUGGUGUGAUUUAGUUGCUCUUUUUAUUGUUCAAUACUAUAGAAAAGCUGAAGAAAAAAAGUCACAAAAAAAAACUCCGUCUUGCUUCUCUUCCUCUGUAUCUUGUCGUCUGUUUAUCUUGGACACUGGAGUAGUCUGUAGCUGCGUAUCCUUCUCUCUCUCUCUUUCUCUCUCUCUCCCUUUAACUUUCUUUGCUCCCUAUUCUCUCUACAGCGCGGUUUUAAAAAAAAGAAAAAUGUAAAAAAAAAAAACGCAAAGAUUUUUUUUUGUUUGUUUUGUUUUUGUUUUUGUCUGAGCAGAAUGCAAUUAGCUCACAUGUUAUCCUUGUCUGUACGCUUCACAUUGUAUUACCAUACCCAUCUUCUCCAGCUUCUCCAUUCAACAGCUAAUGUAAGUGAACAAGUUACACCACGAGGCUCUGGGCUGGCCGAGGACAUGGCGGGGUUUGGGGCCGACGAGAGGGGCCCGUUUCCGGGUGGAGGGGUAAGAACACACAGCUGUGAUAACCAGCGGGACUGCUGGCAUAGAUAGCGUACAUUUUUGGGGGGGAUUCUUGGUUUUUGUUUCUGCCUAUCGUGGAGCAAUUUUUAGAAGAAUGUGUGUCUGAGACCAGAUAUUUGAAAGAAAAGGAUAAGGCUCUGCCCACAUUAACGCAAAUAUUUUACUAGUAUUUUUUUAUUUUUUUUUGUUCCUGCCUCCAUUAAUGAUUGGAAAGUCAUGAUUUUAGACAAGUGCAAUAUAGACUUGGCCAACAAAUACUUGAAAAACUAAGGAAAGGACAGCUUACUUUGCACGUGACGAGAGACAAUGGCAACAAACAGCCGUGAUUACUAGUUUUAUACAUUUAUCUCACCAUUAAAAAGAAAAACGAAAACUUAACUAAGGAGCUGAAAUGGUAACACGCUCCAGUAAAAUCAAUGUCUUUAGGGAAUAGUAUAGUGUCGUGAUUUGGGUUUUUGGAACUUGUCUGUAAUUUGAAGUCAGAUUUUCUGACUCUAAAUUUCGAAAUACAUUUAAUGCCUCUAGAAGUAGAAAAGUGUGAGAUCUCCUUGAGUCCAAUGCUGCACAAAAGUUAAAUGUAUUUAUAGUUUGAGAUUUGAAGUAUUCAUUAGAGCAUCUCACAAUAAACCAGUAGAUUAAACCAGCAGAAUGUCAGUUUGUGUUCAUUCAGUUUUUGAAACACAAUAAUACAAGAUGGCAUUUCUCACUGGCUUUAGUAUUACAACCAUCAGGAAAAAUCACUGGCUUUCUAGAAUUUAAUCAACUUUGAUUAGAGUCCAACUCUGGAAGAGAAGCAAAGUGUUUAUAGUCGAUGUUCCUGCCACUUAUUUCUAUUUUAGGAUUCCUUCAGAAGAGCGCUAAAAGUAGAUGUUUCGCUGCAGGUCAGCUGUAGCUUAACUGAAGAAGAUUCUAGAAAAACAUCACAACUGAUGAAGUCGGAGCCUCAAAGGUUCACAUUUAGCCCAAUUGCUACAGGACUUAUCAGCUUGGAGUUUUCUGGUUCCUGGCACUUUGUGAUCUUUUUUUUUUUGCAAUCAUUUUAAUGAAACAAUCAACCAUGCUGUCACAAGAAGCCAUUUCAGAGAGAGACUCGUAUUGCAGAGAGCCGCGUAUGUGUGUGUGUGGAGAAUCUGCCUCUGCACCAGCCGUAACCAUCCACCAGUUUUUGUCUUCGUUGUUUUACACACCUUGUUCCCAACAUGUCCUGUUGGGCUCAGAUUAGAGGUCCAGUGACUCCAACCCGCCUGGUUAUCCUUUCACUUCUUACCCAGUUCCAGCAGAGGGCGCCCCUCUCUCCUCCCCCAUCCUUUCUACAGAGCAGCAUCCCGUCCUCACAGGCCCCUCCCAGAGCCCGUGGUGAAAUGCAUGUGUUAAUUACAGUUUCUUUUCCAUAAUAAUAAUAAAAAGCAGUUUGAAAAGAGCAAUGCCUUUACCUGAUUGAAUAAAAGGAUGUUCUUGACUGUAA